AGGAGGAUGAUGAUGAUGACUCCAAGAGUCAGGAUAAAAUUGAGGGAACUCUUGGCAUCCAGCAGACCACCCCAGCAGCAGCAUCCGGAGGUUCAGGUUCUGCAGGUUCUCUAGCAGCAGUGGAACUCUCUGGUGUCCCAGCCGGUCAGACUCAAGCUGCAGGAGCAGCUCGUCCAGUAGCUUCAUCUCACACAGAAACCAACGGUAACGGACAAAAGCUACUGAAUGGAGGCGGAGGAAGAGGAGGAGGAGGAGGAGGGGACGGAGCUGACAGUCAGACAGGUGCGUUGGGUUCACUUGGGGGUGGAUUUUCUCACUUGGAUUAUACAGGUGAUGGUCCAGGAAUCCUUGACCCAUCCAGUCAUGACUUCCUGCUCGGCUUGAUGGGUGGAGGUGAUCCAUUCAGUCCAGAUGUUCACAUCAACAUCCCAGGUCACAUGACUCCACCCACUCAGCUGGACUCUGAGAUCAGUUCAGAUGUGACAGCAGCUCCGUCUACAGAUCAGAACAGCGGCUCCAGUCUGGACUCACCUGCAGAUGGUGUUCAUCAAUCUGACAUCAGCAUCAUCCAAUCAGGACUAGACCACACCUCUCUGAGCUCAGGACCUGACCAGUCACUGGCCAGCUCUGUCUCAGGUUCCUCCCAUUCUGCAGCCCAGGAAGCUGCAGCAGCUUCAUCAUCUUCAUCACACGGUGAAUCUUACGGAGAACAGACAGAUGGAGGAAACUCACCUGAUAGUAACGGAAACGGUCGACAGACUCUGCUGACAGACACAAACAGAGUGACCGACCAACCGGCUUCCUUCAGUAUCCUCUGGACUGAUCUCACAGGAGGUGCAGCAGAGUCAGUCACCAGUCACAUCCACCCAACAGCUUCAGGUCUUGGCCUGGGACAUGAUGCUACAAAGUCAUCCCCCAUCGUCCUCCACACAGAGUCUGUAGAUGGCUUGACGCACACACUGGACUCAGGCGUUAACUCCCACACAGACCUGGUUACCGUGGCAACCGACUCAACAGCGAUAGACACAGUUCCAGCAGAUCCAACAGGAAGUUCACCUGACUCCAGUCAUCCAGCUGUGACGGAUCACACACAGGCUGCUGGUUCAGUUACUGAACACUACCACCCAUCUGGUCAGGGUCCUGAAGGUACAGAAAAUGUGGAACUGGAGGAUACCUGCUGACUUCCACAUCAAACCACGUGUUCAAUUCCUGCGCUACAGAUUCCAGUGUACCGACCAAUCAGCAUGGCCCAAGAAAUAUGACCCCUCCCCUUAGCUGUAGGCUCCGCCCACUGAAUAGCAGUGGCUCAUCGAUGUUUUCUAAAUAUUUAAAACGUGGAGUUUGUUUAUAGAUGUUUAUUUUGUUUUAGGAUCAUUGAGUGGAAUUUUUUUUCAAAAUUUCGACCGAAACUUGUUUGGUGAUUCUGUUUUGAAUUGAUGACAUCAUACAUGAUGUGACAUCAUCUUCACUGUCAGGAUUGUAAAAUGUGGUUUUAAACUUCUACAAUAAAUGUUUUUGUCUAUUUUGAACAUCAAACUGAGAAUUUGUCUACUUUCUAAACUAAUAGUUAACAAAAAGUCAGUGAUCAGUUCUUUAUCAAUAAUAUUAAUCUGAUGACAUCAUUUUAACUAU